UGUGUGUGCGUGCCUAUAUGUGUAUGUGUGUGUGGCCGUGCGCGCGCUCGCGACGUGUGCGCUUACUAUCCGUGUUUGUCGGUUCGGCGAGCCGGGUGGAACUCGAGCGGUACAAUAAACAUCCCCGAUCAUCAUGAGCUUUACGAUCGAAGAGAGGGGGAAUCCGAACGCGGAGACCUACAGGGUGUUUUUCAAAAAUGCAGAAGGAAAGUACAUUUCGCCAUUCCACGACAUACCCAUGUUUGCAGAUGAAGAAAAGAACAUCUUCCAUGCUGUUGUUGAAGUUCCCAGAUGGACAAACGCCAAGAUGGAGAUUGCAACAAAGGACCCACUGAACCCACUGAAACAAGAUGUGAAGAAAGGAAAGCUGCGCUAUGUUGCCAAUGUGUUUCCACACAAAGGCUACAUCUGGAACUAUGGAGCAAUCCCUCAGACGUGGGAAGACCCAGACCACAAGGAUGGGGACACUGGUUGCUGUGGUGACAAUGACCCCAUUGAUGUCUGUGACAUUGGUAGUAAGGUGUGCUCACGUGGAGAGGUGAUUAAAGUAAAGGUCUUGGGCACCUUGGCAUUGAUUGAUGAGGGAGAAACAGAUUGGAAAGUCAUCGCAGUCAAUGUUGAAGACCCUGAAGCGGACAACUUCAACAACAUUGACGAUGUGAGAAGACUAAAGCCAGGCUACCUGGAGGCCACAGUGGACUGGUUCAAAAGAUACAAAGUUCCAGACGGGAAACAAGAAAAUCAGUUUGCCUUCAACGGGGAGUUCAAAGACAAGGACUUUGCUAUUGACGUAAUCAAAAGCACCCAUGAGUACUGGAAGGCACUCGUGCAUCAGAGUAAUCCCAAGGAACUGAACUGCAUGAACACCUGUGUGACUGGCAGUCCUUGCUGCUGCUCAGACAUCGAUGCAAAAGAUGUGGUUGAUAAGACAAGUCCAUUUGGUACAGAAGAGCCUACUCCAUCAGCAGUUGACAAAUGGUACUACUAUCAGAAGAACUAGCUGAAGAUGAAGAAUGUAGGAGUUUCAUGUCAUCAGACACUCCUUAGUCUGAAGAUGUAGGUUUUGAAAUUUAAAAGGACAGUGGUAGAUAUUCAGUUAUGGUGGGGAAAAAUGUGUCAUUUUAAUUGCAGUUAUUCAUUUGACUAAAUUAUGCAUUCUGUUAAGAUUGGUUAAAGCUUGUAAACAAAGGGCCCAAUGGUAUUUAGAAAUAUACUAUAAUAAAAACUUUC